UCAAAAGAGAAGCUAAGAAGGGUAACCUAAGCCUCUAAGAUUUUGCAAAACACAGAAGAGAGAGAGAGAAUGAAGUCUAAGGGAUCUGGAGAAUGGCUGGAGAAGGCGUUGGUGGACCUCUGCAGAAACAUGGAGACGGGUUUAGAUUUAGAUGGGGAUCUCAUAUCUGGCCUCGUCUCCUACUGCGAGAUGGCACCCCCUCAGGACGCCAAAGAGUAUCUUAACAAUAUUAUUGGCGAGGAAGCCGGCCAAAGCGUAAUUGAUGAAUAUUUACGACAGAGAGGCUACUCAGACAACAGCAACAGCAACAAAAAGGCGUCGAAUUCCAAAUUGCAGACUUACAUGAAACCACCCCAAGAUGAAGUUUUGAUCAGUGGAACCAGAAGGCCAACUAGAGUACCCAAAGAGGUAAUGGCAUCCAGUGUUGAGGUUAGCAAAGUCCCAUCUGAGAUUGCUGAAUCCAGAAAUAUCCAGAAAGUAAGCCAAGGUGGUUCCAAAAAGAAAAAAGCUGGAAAAGUUAUUUCACUUGCAGAGGCUGCAAAAGGCUCAAUUGUAUUCCAACAAGGGAAACCAUGCUCUUGCCAAGCCCGUCGACACAAACUAGUGAGCAAUUGUUUAUCCUGUGGCAAGAUUAUCUGUGAACAAGAAGGUGAGGGACCUUGUAGUUUUUGUGGGGCCCUUGUGCUGAAAGAAGGAAGCACAUAUGCUGGUCUAGAGAACACUGUAAUUCCCCUGUCAGAUGCCGAGGCAGCAGCUGAAGCCUAUGCAAAGAGACUUGUGGAUUAUGACCGAAACUCUGCUGCUCGUACUACUGUUAUUGAUGAUCAAAGUGACUAUUACGAGUUUGAGGGAAAUAGCUGGUUAUCAAAAGAGGAAAAGGAAAUUUUAAAGAAGAAACAGCAGGAGAUUGAAGAAGCUGAACUUGCACGUCGAAGUAAAGUGGUGGUCACAUUUGACUUGGUUGGCCGCAAGGUACUUAUGAAUAAAGAUGAAGCUUCGGAGUUGGAAUCAGAGAACCGAAUACUACGACCAGUGGAUGAAAGAGAAGCAAACCGCAUUAAACCAAAUCCAACUGCCAGAAUACAACCAAGUUUUGUAGACCCUGGCCCUGGUAGAAAGACAACUAAGAGCAAACAACCUAGGAUUGUACAUGCCAACGGCUUAUGCUUGGAAAUAAGUGGAAGGGUACAACAUGGAGAAAUUGACCUACAACGAUUUGUGGCAGCAGAAGAUCCUCCGGAGGAAUUCUCUGAUAGGACUAAAUGGUUAGAACCAUCAACAAAUAACAGUUUCGAUGUAAAAGAGGAUGAUAACGAGUGUUCUCUAGAUUCUCAUUAGGGUGUAAAUUUUUUUAAUAAGGCUGUGAAAUUAGUUAAGAAGUUUUGUGUUCAAUACAGCCAACAGGUGCAAUUUGAACAAUUUAGGAUACAGGUUGAAAGUGGACGACAUACAGCUGAGGUAUAGCCAUGAGCUUGUUAAACAGUAUUUGCAAUGUUGAUACACUCUGCGAAAGUGCAGACAUGCCAAGGCCCGCUUUUCAAUUCACCGUUACUUCUUGAAGUUGUACUACAUUGCUGUCUAUUGUUGCAGUUGAUGUACAUGUCCAAGGAUCCAUUGUCAUCCCCUUAAUCAAUGUUGUUCAUGCUUCCAUUUUAUUUUGAAGGAGUGAUGAUAUUUUAAGGGUAGAGGGUUUCUCCAAGCUGC